UGGGAAGAUUAGGCCAAUCAAAGCAAUGUUCAUCAAAACGCUCGGCGAGGUUAUUAUCAUUCAAGAUGGCGCUGCAGUCUCACCAACAACUUUCGAUGGACAGUACUCAGGAACAAGGUUUCGUUACAUUCUUGAAGUCCAUGCCCGCGAAACCUCCAACAACAUACAGAGUUUUUGACAGAUCGGAUUACUACACUGUCCAUGGUGAAGAUGCACUAUUUACAGCCAGGGAAUUCUUCAAAACACUUGGUGUUGUCAAAUACUUGGGUUCUGGAGAGCGGAAAGUGGCCUCCGUGGUACUGAGUAAGAUGAACUUUGAGAGUACAGUGAGAGAUCUGUUGCUGGUGCGGCAGUAUCGUGUGGAGGUGUACAGGAACAUGGCCACAGGGAAGGGCAUUGACUGGCAGUGUGCUUUCAAGGCGUCACCCGGAAAUCUGACCCAAUUUGAGGAUAUUCUCUUUGGCGCCAGCAAUGACAUGUCAGCUUCGGCUAGCGUAAUCGCCGUCAAACACAUUGCAGAGGGCUCUGGUGGGCAGAAAAUUGUGGGAGUGGGCUAUGUGGACGCCACUCUCCGGGAGUUGGCAGUGUGCCAAUUUGCUGACAAUGAGCAGUUCUCAAAUCUUGAGGCUCUGCUCGUCCAGCUCAGCCCCAAGGAGUGUCUCUUGCCUGCCCAGUCAGGCGAGGGCACCACCGAGUCCACCAAGCUCAAAAGCCUCCUGGAGCAGAGCGGGGUGCUCCUGACCGAGCGCAAGAGGGCCGACUUUGGCACCAAGGAUGUGGAGCAGGACCUGAACCGCCUGCUGAAGGGGGCCAAUGAGGAGCAGCGGAAGGCCUCUACGCUUGCAGAGAUAGAGAAGACGCACGCCGUUGCCUCACUGGCAGCCUUGAUCAAGUACCUGGAGUUGUUAGCCGACGAGAGCAAUUUCAACCAGUUUCGCCUGAAGACCUUUGACCUAGCCCAGUACAUGAAGCUGGACUCAGCCGCUGUGAGGGCAUUAAGUCUUCUUCCCACCCCACAAGAUGCUGGCAACAAGACCGCAUCAGUGUUAGGCCUCCUCAACAAAUGCAGGACACCUCAAGGUCAAAGGUUGUUGGGACAGUGGAUCAAGCAGCCACUGGUGGAUAAAAACAAAAUAGAAGAGAGGUUGAACGUUGUAGAGGCACUUGUCAGUGAUACAGAGCUACGCCAGACCCUCCAAGAGGAACAGCUAAAGCGCGUGCCCGACCUCCAACGACUUGCCAAGAGGCUGCAACGCAAGAAGGCCACACUAGAGGACUGCUAUCGUGUCUACCAAGUAGUGGAAUUCAUGCCGGCUGUGCUCGAAACACUUGAGAGACACGUCAGUAAUCACAGCACGUUGUUAAAAGAAGUCUUCACUAACCCCAUUAAGGAAUUGCUUCUCGACUUUGCCAAGUUUCAGGAGAUGGUGGAGACUACGAUGGACUUGGAGCAAGUGCAGAACCAUGAGUUUCUGAUCAAACCAGACUUUGAUGAGAACUUGACUAACUUGAGAGAACGAAUGGACAGUCUAGAGAAUGACAUCCAGGGUUUGCUGGGUAAAGCAGCGAGGGACCUCGGGCUUGAAGCCAACAAGACAAUCAAGCUAGAGUCUAACAACCAGCUGGGAUACUUCUUCAGAGUCACGAGAAAGGAGGAAAAAGCUCUUCGGAAUAAUAAGAAAUACUCCACCAUCGACACCAAUAAGAACGGGGUUCGAUUCACCCACUCCAACCUUCGGGGGUUAAACGAAGAACACAUGGCAGCAAAAGAGGAGUACAAUGAAACCCAGAAGGCGGUCGUAGCGGAGAUUGUGAGCAUAGCAGCUGGCUACGUUGAGCCCAUGCUAAACCUGAGUGACAUCCUUGCCCAGUUAGACGUUCUAGUCAGCUUUGCCCACGUCUCUGCGCAUGCUCCUGUGUCUUACGUCCGACCCACGCUGACGGAGAAGGGGCAAGGCGGUCUCAGACUGGUCCAAGCCAGGCACCCCUGCUUGGAAAUGCAAGACGAAAUUGCAUUCAUCCCAAAUGACGUGACCUUUGAGAGGGGGAAACGGAUGUUCCAUAUUAUCACGGGCCCCAACAUGGGCGGGAAGUCCACGUACAUUAGACAGACAGGUAUCAUUGUCCUCAUGGCUCAGUUGGGAUGCUUCGUCCCCUGCCAGUCAGCGGAGAUCUCCAUUGUUGACUGCAUCCUGGCCAGGGUGGGUGCCGGGGAUAGUCAGCUGAAAGGGGUCUCGACGUUCAUGUUGGAGAUGCUAGAAACAGCAUCCAUUCUCAGGACUGCCACUGAUAAUUCUCUGAUCAUCAUUGACGAACUGGGCAGAGGGACCUCAACGUAUGAUGGCUUUGGCUUAGCCUGGGCAAUUUCAGAGUACAUUGCAACCAAGAUCAAAGGGUUCUGUCUGUUUGCGACUCACUUCCACGAAUUGACAGCUCUCGCUGACGCCGUGCCUACUGUGAAUAAUCUGCAUGUGACAGCUUUGACUAGUGACGGGCAACUCACACUUCUGUACAGGGUCAAACCAGGUGUGUGCGACCAAAGCUUUGGUAUCCAUGUCGCUGAGUUGGCCCACUUCCCCCAGAAGGUCAUAGACUAUGCCAAGAUGAAAGCGGCUGAGCUGGAAGACUAUCAGAGCAUCAGCCUGUCGGGAGCAAGCAGCAGGGAGGGUCUUGACGAGCCAGCUGCUAAGAAAAGAAGGCUGGACAAACAGGAGGGAGAGGCGAUUAUCCAAGAUUUUCUGGACAAAGUCAGACAGCUGGACACGGACAGAUUGUCCGAGGAAGACCUCCACAGCGAGCUGCAGAAACUGAAGGCUGAGGUGGAGGCUAAGAACAAUGCUUACAUAAAGGAUCUGUUGGUGAGGUCAGCUGAGAGGGGUCUGCAACCAGACUGUUGAACCCUGACCUCUGACCUGUAAGGCAAGUUCACCAAUAUUUAGCUCCUAUGUACGGUGAAGUUGGAGGGUUUACUGCAGGAUGAUUGAUUGAAGAGUGGUCCAAGUUAAUGUCUUUUUCCUAACCGCAUAGUGUUUUUAUUUCUUUUCUUCAUCCAUCUACUUUUUUAGAGGGAAAGUUGGAUUUCAAACAAAAAUUGCUUUUUCUGAGUGCCCCCCACAUUGAUCUAUAGGUUUACAUUGGGUUGAUUAUGUGUGUUGGCGGUGGACAGGUGAACAAUGCAUGCACACCUGUAUGUUUCCAAAUGCCGAGGUAGGCAGCAGUGACCCCCUUGUUGGCUGAGCGUUUAAACGGUAUAAAGUUUUAUCAAAUUAACCCUAACCCUCCUCAAUCCUCCAACAGGUGAAGGAUUCAGGAGGGUAAGGGUUAAGUUAGAUUCCUACCCUUAGUGUGAAGCUAGUUUACAUAGAAAUGGUACUUGCUGCUAAUUUGGGGUUUUGUAAUUUUCAGCUACUCUGUUCUUUUAGUUUUUAAGCAAAUGAAUGUUUAAGAGUACCUUAGCUUAUGCCAAAUAAAUUGUGAAGGGACAUAAUGGAUGGAUUCAUUUAACAGCAUUCAAUGAUUGAAGAAAGCAUAACACCUGCAUUCGCUAAUAUGAAAGUUUUCCGUCAAGAAUUGUUGCCAAGUCACCGCUCGUCAAUCACAGGUCAAAUGAACUGCGACGUGGUCCAUUCAGUACUGUUGGCAUUGUUCAUUCAUGAGUGCAUAGACUGGCGACUGACUUGUCUUGUCUGACUCAUGUACAACUCUGGUUAACUUGAAAUGGUUUCCGAUCUCUUCAAACUGUUGAUGGAUGCAUUUAAACUUAAUGGUCAUUGUAUUGCGACUUGCCAACUCCAAUGUAAGCAAAGAAUAUUUUUUUAAUGAUUUGUUAAUACACAUACUAUCAUCCGUCAUGGUAAAUAAAAGCUGUUUGUGCAUAGUCACCAGCAUGCCGGGUCUAACUUUUGAAGAACCCUUUGUAUGGUAAUACCAAGGCAAGUGAUUUGAACAUGGUCUUGUUCUAGUGUAGUGUAAUUGCCAGUGACGAGAGAAAGUGAGGCGGUGAGGCCAAA